UAUGUUUUCUCGAGAGAUUUGAGCAGGGGGCGAGAUUUGUAUUUUCGGGUAGCCAAGGAAACGGCGGGGUUUCCUCAUCCGUUCAUGUUUUUGUUUUCGCUCCGUCACCAAGCUACGUGUUCCUCAAAGAUGAAUCUACCGCAACCCGUCAGAAAGCGUUUGGGAGACUUCUCUCGCACUGUUUUCAUCGAUCAGUAUCGCAUUCAGCUUACUCAUGAGAAUCACGUCACAUUCCCGGGACGCAAAAGGGAAGUAGUAUCCAGUCUCCCGCUCCAGAUGUCUCUGUUCUUCAACAUGUGGUUCUUCCCCCUCUGGUGGACCAGUGAGGUUGUGAUGCUUCACCUUAAGUAUCCUGCCCUGCCAGACUAUUACAAGUUCAUCCUGGUCACCGUUCUCAUACUAAUGACUCUGAUAGAGGCCAUUAGACUCUACCUUGGUUAUGCUGGCAAUCUACAAGAGAAGGUUCCAGAGCUGGCUGGUUUCUGGCUGCUGAGUAUUCUGCUGCAGUUUCCACUAAUCUUAUUCCAACUUUUGAAUGAAGCCAUUCUCAUCCAGCCCCUGGAGAGAGGAGUCCAUAUAGUUCUUGCUUUGUUCCUACUCUCACAGGCCCUCUCUGGCUUUGUGGCGUUGAGAGACAUGGUCAGACACACUGAAAGCCAAUUCCAUCUGCACCAAUUUGACUGAGUUCUGAAUGACCCAUCCACAGUCUUAUUGUUGAGAAAUGAGGAUAAAUAGGAACUUUCUUAAGAGUCAGAAAACAGUUAUUUAUACUGAAUGCAGAAUGUGGGGUGUUCAUAAUAAGUUAUAAAAAACAGUGUUAAAAUGAUCAAGGAAAGUUGAAUCAGUUUAUCUGGAUA